AUCAUCAUCAUAAUACGAACAAAUCAGAACCAAACCAUAGCAAUUACGCGAAUUAAAAAGAGUUCUAGGUUGUACACUUCAACGACGACGACGACGACGAAGAGGAUAUCCUCUGACAUGGUUGCCCUAUCAACUGCUUCGAAUUGCUUGAAGUUCACAUUUGAGAGCAUGUUUCUCUGUACUUCUAUCCUCUUCACAACGUGAUUGCCCAUAUCUUCAGGCGCGUUCGCUGUGUGUUUCGGCGUCAUGCGGCUUGCCCAUAUUCAUCUGGCGGGAUUGACGCGAUAUACUUGUGCCGCGGAGCUCCAGACACGACUUCUAGAUCGAUUCCACGCUCACAAAGCCGACCCAUCGAAGUACCCGCUACCAGACGCGACCAUCCUCACCGCCGAAUUCCAUCCAGUAUACACCUGCGGUCGUCGAGAGAUUGGAAAGGUCAGGCCGGAGCAGAUGGAGUAUCUCAAAGCUGGAGGGAAAGCAGAGUUCCGUGAGGCUUCAAGAGGAGGUCAGACCACAUUCCAUGGACCUGGACAGCUAGUUGCUUAUCCUAUCCUGGAUUUGAAGUCCCAUGGAAAAGGCACGAGUCCCCGAGAUUAUGUCUGUAAAUUGGAAGGGGUUAUCAUCAAGACCUGUCGAAAUUUUGGAAUCGAAACCGAAAGAACCGAGCACACCGGAGUUUGGACAAAAGGUCAUUCGCGGACCGAAGGGACCGUUGGACAAAAGAAAAUUGCUGCCUUGGGGGUCCAUAUGCGCCGAAACAUUACUAGCCAUGGCAUUGGCUUGAAUGUCAAUACGGAUUUAUGGUGGUUUCGACGAAUCGUCGCAUGUGGACUCGAUGGAAGGCUUACUACCAGUUUUGCCACGGAAGGGGUGGAGCACAUCACCGUUUCGGAAGCUGCUGAAGUAUUUGUUCGGCAAAUGGCGGAGACGCUUGAUGUCAAAGACAUUUAUAAACCAUACAAGGACUCCGUCAAGGGCAGCGUUGCGCACGAGCGCAUCUAGAGCUCAGUCCAGCAGGAUCUGCCUCAAAUAAUGGGGCUACAACUCUGUUGGCUGUCAGAUCACCUACUAGUAAGAAGUCCUUUCCAUUCUCGAAUUUAGUUCAUAGUUCAAUUGUGUCCAAUGGGUUGUCUACUGCAGGUACGAAUACAGAUCAAGGACGGCAAUUGACUCAAAUAGAACGAGAUCGGGCUUGGCUAUUACCAUGUCGUCCGCAACCCAGA